AUGACAACAUUUCCGGUUUCGGUGGCAGAGCCGGUCGCCGACAGGCGUCGCGCACACUGGGACCCCUGCCGUCCCCCGUCACCGUGUCUGCUGCGCCUUACCGUGCAGCACACGGUGAACAUCGUCGGAAGCGACAGUCGAACUGUCGUGUGUGUGUGUGUGUGUGUUUGUGUGCAGCAUCUCCUUGCUGAACAUCGCCGGAAGAUCUUCGCACGCAUCAUCCUCAACCGCCUGAAUGAUCAUCUAGAACAGGGCCUUCUACCGGAAAGCCAGUGCGGCUUCCGCCGUCAUCGCAGGACCACGGAUAUGACCUACGUCGCCCGUCAACUUCAGGAGAAGUGUCAGGAGAUGCGGACCCAUCCCUACUUUGCCUUCGUGGGCCUGAAGAAAACCUUCGACACGGUGAAUCAUGAAAGACUGUGGAAGAUCAUGCAGAAAUUCGGCUCUCCCGAGCGACUCAUUCAGAUGGUGCGUCAGCUGCACGACGGCAUGAUGGCGAGAGUCACGGACAACGGGGCUGCCUCAGAGAGAGUCGCAGCGACAAACGGAGUGAAGCAGGGAUGCGUGUUGGCGCCAACCCUCUUUAGUCUUAUGUUCUCUGCCAUGCUGAUGGACGCCUACCGUGAUGAACGCCCCGGGAUCCGCAUCGCCUACAGGAAGGACGGUCACCUUCUGAAGCAACGGCGGAUGCACUUCCAUGCGCGCAUGUCCACAAACACCGUUCACGAACUUCUCUUCAUUAAAGGCUGCGCCCUCAACACCACCUCGGAAGAGGACAUGCAACGGAGUGUGAAUCUCAUCUCCUCCCCCUGCGAGGACUUCGGCCUGGUCAUCAACACGCAGAAGACGGUGGUCAUGCAUCAACCGCCACCCAACACAGCCCCUCCCCCCAACGCGCCGUAA